AUGCAAAAUAUAAGUGCACAAAAUUUACUCGCAUGGUCUAUACCUAUUGACAUGGCAGAAUUGUAUGCUCAUUAUCGUUCAUUAUCUCCCUUAUUAUCAAGAAAAUAUGAAAACGAAUCCAUCUGUAAUUGUUCUCAAGACAAUUUUGGUUUGAAUUGUCAAUAUCAAUUACCUGAACCAAUGGCUACUCCUGUAGAUCUUUUGUCUAAUCAAUUAAGUAGCACUGCCUAUGUCUCAUUUUAUGAUCAAUGGUGUCUGAUUGAUAUAAAAUGUAAUAUGGGGAAAAGUUGUCUUGAUUGGCGUUACGUCUGUGAUGGAAUUGAACAUUGUCAGUUCGGUGAGGAUGAAUUCAAUUGUGAACUGUUAGAAAUCAACCAAUGUGAUUCGAAUGAAUACCGAUGUAGAAAUGGUAUGUGCAUACCACGAGAAUGGUUUUUUGACUCUGCUUUCGAUUGUCAAGAUGAAUCGGAUGAACAUCGACUUGAGCGGUUUAUAACCGCAACGAAGAAAUGUCGAUUAUCUAAUUAUAAUUUCGAUUGCACUGAACGUUUCUGUGACGCCCAACGACCGUUUUCAUGCGGUGAUGGCGAAUGUCUAUCAUGGAAAAAUCUAUAUGAUCAAGAAGAUGGAUGUAGUAACUAUCGAGACCUGUUUCAUCGCUGUGAAAUAGCAACUGGUAGAAAAUUAUCAACAAUAGAAAACGAUGGAUCGUGUGAAUAUAUGCAUGCUUCUUUUGUUCGAAAAAAUUUAACCGAAGAUUAUCAUUGUACAAGAACUUUUCGGCAAUUACUGAUGACACGAAAGAAUAUUAUUAAAUCGCUUGAAGAACAUUGUUCUUCACAUUUCGAUUUUCCACAGUAUCCUUUUCUUACAGCUAAUGUCCUGACGCGAUAUAAUACAACAGCGUUAUUGGCAGCACUAUACCAUAGUUUUCGUGAUAUAUAUGAUAAGGCGUUUCGCAGGCCACAUUAUUAUUGCUUUAAUGGAUCGGUGACUUGCAACGGAAUCUUAACUACAUUAAAUCAAUCACUUUGUAUUUCACCUAUCGAUAUAUUAAUAAAAUACAAUCACUGGCCAUUUCGUCACAUAAUAUGUUCGAGUUCAUCUGCGAUUUCACAGUUGUCAAUCUCAAGAAAUAUAUCCAACUUACGGCGAUGUAAAUCAAACCAGCGAUUUAUCAAUGAUUUACGCAUUAAUGAUGGUCAUCUAGAUUGUUUCAAUGGAGAAGAUGAAUUUGUUUUGGCUGAUGAAAAUUUAAAUCGACCUUAUCAAUAUCGAUGUGAGUCAUCGAUACCGAUUCAAUAUGUUAGCACGAAUCAAAUAGGCGAUGGGAUUCAAAAUUGUCUUGACGGAUCUGAUGAAAUGUCUUCAGUAAUGAAUUGGAAACAGCAACAGUGCUUAGAGAAUGAUUUAUAUGCAUGCGAGACCUUGCGUCAUAGUGAAAAAAUUCGGCAAGCUCGUCUUCGUUUUCAUUAUUAUUGUAAUUCUAUAUGGAACACGCGGGAUGGCAAUGAUGAGCGUAAUUGUAGCAAUUGGAUUUGUUCGAAAUCCGUUCUUCAAUGUAAUCAAACUGGACAAUGUAUAAAACCAGCGUGGCGGUGUGAUGGUGAAUGGGACUGUGCAGACGGUGAAGACGAACUUAAUUGCACCACCGCAAAGCUCUAUUUCUCAUUAGAAAGCCAAUGUGAUCAUAGCAGAGAAUUUUUCUGCAUAACAAAAGACUCUAUUCGUGAUUCAAACGUCUCUCGUCCUUGUAUUAAUGGUUCUCAAGCAGGUGAUUAUAUAAUCGAUUGUCUCGGCGCACGCGAUGAACGUAAUACGAUUCAAUGUAAAGAAGACAAUCAAAUGUUAGGUGAUCGUUUUCGAUGUGCAAAUGGUUCGUGUUUAGCAGCCGAUCGUAUUUGUAAUAGGAUUAAAGAUUGCGAAGAUGGUACUGACGAACAGUUAUGCUAUUGGUUUAAAACAACAAAUUUCUCUUAUAAUUAUACAAAAUAUCAAUGUUUAAAUGGGAUAUAUGUUAACCACUCGAGAUGUGAAAGACGUAUAUGUUCUGAUAAUGAUCAUUUAUUCUGGUGUCCAAAGUCGAGUUCUUAUCGACCAACCAAAGUCUCUUGGUCUAAUUAUUAUGACUUUUGCAUGGGUACAAAAGAGGAAGCAAAUCUUGUGAAAAUAAUCAAUAACAAUAGUAUAGAAUCUAAUUUGCAAUUCACAACACAGACCAAUUCGAAGUUAUCUGCUUUGGUAUGUAAUCAAGGUCUCAUCAUAGAAGAAAAUACGUCCAAAGGUCGGACUAUCGCAUGCUUUUGUCCACCAAAUCAUUAUGGAGAUCGAUGUCAAUAUUUUAGCCGAAGAAUUCCAGUACGAGUUAGCUUAGAUCGUUUACAUCGAACUGAUCUAACCAAAAUAUUACACAUUUAUGCAUUUCUUCUUUGUAAUCAGAGUCAAAUAAUUGAUUAUACACAAUUCAUUGACUCGAUUGAAAAUGUGCAAAGAAAAUAUGAUCGAUAUUUACUUUAUUCACGACCGAAAUUAGUCUGUUAUUAUAGUGUUCGAUUUGAAGCGUUUCAUUCGAAUUCAUCAAAUGUUCGUUUAUUAUCAGUUUGGGAAUAUUCUAUUAAUCUCGAUUUUUUACCAUCGUAUCGUUUAGCAAAGAUUCUACGUUUUCCAUUAGAAGAAGUUCACUCAAUUCCGUGGAUUUGUUCUCAAUCACUUUGUCAAAAUAGUGGAACAUGUCAUGUAAUUGUCAAUAAACAAAAUCUAGGCGAUAUUUAUUGCGAAUGUUCUUCAGAAUAUUUUGGACGUUUUUGUGAAAAACGAAUUCAUUCUCCAUCAUGUCCGUGUGUAUCACCAGCAAAAUGUCGUGUAUUGGACAAUGCCGUAGUCAGUCGAGAACAAGAAUGGCUUUGUAUUUGUCCUGAGGGUUUAUUACCGCCGCUUUGUUCGUUGAAGAAUAUUGCUUGUUGGUCUAAUCCUUGUCAACAUAAUGGAACAUGUCAUGCUCAUUCUGAAAUCGGAUAUUUUACAUGUAUUUGUGAUAGAUAUUAUGGAGGUACACAUUGUGAAAUCAAAUCUGCUGUAAUGACAUUGUAUUCAAACGAUAAAACCGAUCAAAUGUCACAUUUUUUAUCUGCUUUUAUAUUGCAAUUAUAUGGACUUCGUCGAGGAUAUCUUGUGUUACGACAACAAAGUUUAAUAUAUUCAUCUCAGCAGAUACCUUUAACAAUCUCCUUUAUAUCACAAAAUGCACUUAUGGAAGUUAGUCUUAUACAAAAUUUUCAACGACACGUAUCUAGUGUUACAACAGUGAUUUAUUUACUCUAUGUGAAUUGUACAAGUCACACACGCUCUCAAUACGCAAUAAACAUUGCGAAUUCAGUCAAAUGUCGUGACAUAUUAACAAUAAAUAAUAAGGAAACUGUCGAUGUACGUGAAUUUCAUAGCAUCUGUCGACAGAAUUUGAAUAUUGCAUGUUUUAUAACAGAACGAUAUUUUUGUCGAUGUGAUUUCAACCCGGCACGUGCCGAUUGCGUUUCACUCCAUUUAGAAUUGAGUGAAUGUCGUCAAAAAGGUAUUUGCUUAAAUAACGGCCGAUGUAUCCAUGGUGAUUAUUAUAAUAAAAGUGAUUUUAUUUGUGUAUGUCCAUUAUGUACAACUGGUAAACUAUGUCAAUAUACUUUUCGUCAAUUUACAGUUACUUUAGAGACGUUACUCGUUUCUGUAUCAUUCUCAUCUGAAUAUCACCUGAUUGUGCCAAGUUCGAUCUUCAUCUUUGGUCUUAUUUUUAAUGGAAUAAGUAUUGUUACCUUUCACAAAGUUAUCACUCGUCGAUUACCUAUUUUAUCAUCAUCAUCAUUAUUGAAAGUUGCCUUUGAUGGGUGUAACAUUUAUCUAUUAUUAAAUAGUAUCAUCAGUCAACUUACUCUUAGUUUUCUUCUACUUCGUAUUAUAUAUUUGUUAUUUAUAAAUGUAAAUCAAAAUCUUUGUAAAACUUUACCAUACAUAAUGGUAUCUACUUGGUUUAUAAAUUCCUGGAUAGUUGCAUUUGUUACUAUCACUCGAUCUCUCUUAGUCAUCCGACCUAAUUCAUGGUUAUUUGUUCGUUCAUCUCAAUUCGCCGUUCGACUUAUUAUUAUUACUAUUUUCGUUAUUUUAGCCAGUAGUCUAAUCUAUAUAUUUUCAUAUAAAAUCGUUCAUGAUACAACAGCAAAUGGUUCGGAAAGUUGGUGUGUCCUUGAACUAUCAUCUUUAACUGUAACUUAUUUGCGAUUGGUUACAUUGCUUCAUCAGCUAAUUCCAUUUAGUUUUAAUAUUAUUUCAACAUUGAUUCUUCUUAUUUAUGUUAGUAGAACUAAAGCGAAUUUAAAUCAUCAAACACGUCUACAGUCAUUUAUUCAAGUUGUGUCUAAUCGUAUGGAAUUUCUACUAGCACCGUUUGUUUGUUUUAUCACUCAAUUACCUCAAAUAAUACUUUUAUUUUUUGAUCAUUGUCAAUUUAUUGACAGUGAUCGAUUUGCAGUAGGCACAUUAGUGAUUUAUUAUCUUUCAUUUGCUCCACAGAUUGCUGUUUUCUUCAUUUAUAUAUUACCGUCGCCUCUCUACAAAGAACAUUUGUAUGAAAUCAAACUGAUUAAAUGGCUCAGGAGGACAUAA